AUGAGUCUUCUAAGUUGGAAUGCUCGCGGUUUAGGGAGUUCCCGAGCAUUCCGAAAUCUCUCCCUCUUGGUGAAACAACAUCAACCUCAGCUUCUUUUUGUGAUGGAAACUAAGCUCAGAGCUGGGUCUAUUGAUCGUUUCAAGACUCAACUUUCUUUUGAUUUUGGUUUUGAAGUCCCUAGGAGGGGUCUUGGUGGGGGUCUUUUUCUUUUUUGGAAUGAUGUUGUUAAUCUUAAUGUGUUAUCCUACUCUUGUAGUCAUAUAGACUGUUUUGUACAAAUGACUGAUAAUAUUAAUUUUCAUCUUUCUUGUUAUUAUGGUUCCCCUUAUUCCUCUGGUAAAUUAGAUUGUUACACUUUGCUCAAUCGUUUAUAUGAUGUAGCACCUUCUUCUCCUUGGCUAAUAAUUGGUGAUUUUAAUGAUUAUCUUGCUCUUGUUGAUAAGUCUACCAAUACAAUGCCCCCUUCCAAUGCCAUGAUUCAUUUUAACACUUUUGUCUCUAAGUAUUCUCUCUCCCCGAUGCCCUUCAAAGGAAACAGAUUCACUUUCAAGCAUGGAAAAACUCUUGUAAGACUCGAUUGGGCUGUGAUCAAUGCGAACUGGUCUGCCCUUUUCCCUAGAGCCUCCCUAACUCAUCUCCCUUUCUUCGGCUCAGACCAUAGAUGUCUCAAAGUCUUACUUUCUGAUCCCAGUCAAUCCCUGUACCACUAUUCGGAUAUUAAUCGAGCCAAGGCCCUUCAAAACGAUCUUGACUGUGUCCUCUAUAAAGAGGAAAUCUUUUGGAAACAACGGGCUCGUGCUUCCUGGCUUAAGGCAGGCGACAAGAAUACCAAAUUCUUCCAUCACCGUGCCUCUUCUCGUCGUAGACAUAAUAAUAUAUCUCAUAUCACUCUGGAUAAUGGUACUGUUAUCCAUGAUUUCAAUCAAAUCUGCCAGCAUUUCAGAAGCUUCUAUGCUUCCCUUUUCACUUCCCAGGGCAUUGAUUCAACUGCUGUACACACUAUUCUCCCUGGCAUCACUCGCACUCUCACCUCUAGCCAAUAUUCACUUCUCAGUCACCCUUUUACCCCCGAUGAAGUUCAUACUGCCUUGUUCCAACUUCCUGGAGACAAAGCUCCAGGUCCUGAUGGUUUAAAUGCUCAAUUCUAUCAGAAGAACUGGUCCACAGUUGGUCACUCUCUCACUGAGGCUGUCCUAGAUGUUCUUAACAAUCAAUCUGAUCUUUCUUCCAUCAACAAUACUACCCUGGUUCUUAUCCCAAAAAAAAAGAAUGUUUCCUCUCUUAAAGACUUCAGGCCUAUUAUCCUUUGCACUACAAUUUAUAAAAUAAUUUCCAAGGCUAUUGCUAACCGACUCAAACUUGUCCUCAGUGAUCUCAUUUCUAGUAAUCAAAGCGCCUUUCUUAGUGACCGAAUUAUUUUUGACAAUGUGCUCAUUGCUAAUGAAAUCAUUACUGCCAUCAAUAAUCGUAAAACUGGAAAGGUCGGCUGGGUUGCCUUAAAGCUAGAUAUGGAAAAAGCUUUUGACCGUGUAGAGUGGGGUUUCCUACAAUCUAUUCUUACUCAUUUAGGUUUCCCUCCUACAUUCAUCUCCUUAAUCAUUCGAUGUCUAUCCACAGUCACCUUUACCAUUUCUAUUAACAAUCACCUUCUCCCCUCUUUUUCUCCCACCAGAGGAAUUAGACAAGGGGACCCUCUCUCCCCUUACCUUUUCCUUUUAGUGUCUGAGGGUCUUUCAGCUGCCAUUCGUGUUAAUGCUUCCCAUUCUAACUUCAAUGGUAUCUCUAUUUGUAGGGCAGCCCCUUCCAUUUCUCACCUUCUGUUUGCUGAUGAUAGCCUUCUCUUUACUACCACUUCCCACAACAAUUGCCGGUCAAUCAAGGAUAUUCUAACCCUUUACCACAAAUCCACUGGUCAAUCUGUUAAUCUUUCCAAGUCCUCCAUUUUGUUUUCUCCUAACACCUCUUCUUCUGAUAAGGAUUUUUUCCUCACCACUCUUCAACUCGAAAACAAACCUUUUGUUUCUAAAUAUUUGGGAGUCCCUCAGUGUUUUGGUCGUUCUAAGCGAUCCUCCUUCCAUUACAUUACCCAAAAAGCCAGUGCCAAACUCCAACUCUGGAAUAACAAAUUUUUCUCAAAGGCGGGGAAGGAAACUCUCAUAAAGGCCGUAAUCCAAGCAAUUCCAUCUUAUGCAAUGUCAUGCUUCCGCAUUCCCCUUUCAAUUUGCAAAACCCUUGACAGACUUACUGCCCAGUUUUGGUGGGGUUCUUCUGGCAACCAUAAUAAGUUACACUGGAAAAACUGGUCCUCUGUUUGCACUUCUAAAUUUUUUGGCGGCUUAGGCUUCCGCAAUUUUGUCAACCAUAAUCAAGCUCUCCUUGCCAAGCAGGCUUGGCGUAUCCUCACAAAUCCUCAUUCCUUGGUUGCUAGACUUUUAAAAGCUAAAUACUUCAAGAACAAUGACUUUCUCUCUGCUUCUAAAGGUCACUGCCCCUCCUACACUUGGACUAGUCUUUUAUGGGGCCGAGAUCUUCUUUCUUCAGGUCUCAUUUCCAAGAUUGGCAAUGGUCUAACAACUGAUACUCUCCGUCACUACUGGCUCCAUACUUAUUUCUCCCAAGACAUUGUCAAGGCCAUUCUCACCAUCCCCAUCGACAUUUCUCAGCCAGAUUCCCUGAUCUGGAGUUCCCACCCUUCAGGAAAUCUCACUGUUAACACUGCUUACCAUCUAGCCACUUCUUCUGCUUCUUCAUCUAUCUCUGCUCCCUCAACCUCUAAUCGGGAUUUCUUCAAAACUUGGUGGAAAACCCUUUGGCAUCUCCCCAUCCCCCCAAAAAUUAAACAUUUCAUUUGGCGUGCUUAUCAUCACAUUCUUCCCACUUCCUCCAACCUUUUCUCCAGGAAAAUAAUUCCCUCUCCUUACUGCUCUUUUCGCUCUCACGGCCAAGAUACUGUCACCCAUUCUCUCCUAGGAUGCUCCAGAGCUAGAAAAAUUUGGGAAAAAACAAGUCUUGCAGGUUUCUUCAUUGCUCACCAUUCUCAGGACAUUAAGGAUUUCCUCCUCUCAGGUUUUGAAACUCUACCAAAGGAUCAGUUGUCCCUCUGCUUUGCCUUGCUGUGGUCCAUUUGGAACAAGCGUAACCAAACUCUCUUUCAAUCCAAGUUCCCUUCUCUCGAUGAUAUUGAAGAUUCUGCUGCCAAUUAUUUGAAGGAGUACACGAAUAGUCAACAACAUUUUGCUACUUCGAUUCCAACUCCUCCUGCCUCUGGAAUGCAGCCUCCUCUUCCUCCUAGGGGCAUGUACACCUUAUAUUCUGAUGCAGCUAUUUCAACAUCUCGCUCAACUAUGGGCUUCGGGGCUGUGAUUCAAGACUCCACUGGACAGACCAUUGCAGCCAUCAGUUCUCCUCAUACAGGUGCUCUUUCCCCAAUCUUGGUUGAGGCACACGCUCUUCUCCAUGCAAUCCAGUGGUGUAUCAUAGUUCACUUGCCUCUCCAUUCAAUUUACUCAGACUGUUGA